GGAAGUGACGCACCGGAAGGAGCGGAGGCCGCGUGGAGGAGCCGGGAUGGGGAGGCCCGGGAAGAGCCGCUGCCAGCGGCUGCAGCGCUCGCGGGCCCGGGCGCGCUCGGAGCUGGAAUUCCAGAAGGUUCCGCAUUCCUUCGUGUUCCCGCGGGGCCGCGCCGGGAGGAGCCUCCGGGGGCUCGUCCGGGACCUGCGGAAAGUUCUGGAACCCUACACGGCCAGGAGGCUGCAGGUGCGCCAGAGCAAUUCCCUGCGGGAUUUGGUGGCCGUGGCCGGGCCCUUGGGAGUCACCCAAUUCCUGGCACUCAGCAAAUCCCAGACCGGGAUCAACCUGAAACUUUUCCGGCUGCCGGGGGGUCCCACCCUGACCUUCAAAGUGCUGCAGUACUCCCUGGUGCGGGACGUGGUGUCGGCGCUGCGGCGGCACCGCAUGCACGAGCAGCAGUUCCUGCAGCCGCCGCUGCUGGUGCUGGGGAAUUUCGGGAUUCCGGGAAUUCAGCUGCGGCUGAUGGCCGGAAUGUUCCAGGGAAUGUUCCCCGCCCUCAACGUCCACAGGCUGAACCUGAACUCCGUCCGGCGCUGUCUCCUCAUCUCCUACGACGCCGAUUCCCAGCUCCUGGAAUUCCGGCACUACAGUGUCCAGGUGGUGCCCGUGGGGCUCAGCCGGGGGAUCCGGAAAAUUCUCCAGGAGAAAUUCCCAGACCUGAGCAGGAUGGACGACGUCAGCGAGCUCCUGACGGGCUCAGUUCCCCUCUCCGAGAGCGAGGCAGAGCCGGACGUGGCUCAGACGGUGCCGGAGCUGCCCCAGAGCUGCGCCGGGCGCGGCAACGCGGUGACACGGCAGAGUGCCAUCAGACUGACCGAGAUCGGGCCCCGUCUGACGCUGCAGCUGCUGAAGGUGGAGGAGGGGCUGGGCCAGGGCAACGUCCUGUACCACGGGCUGGCCCCCAAAGGUGAGGCGGAGCUGGGGGCUCUGCGGGCCCGGCGGGAGCAGCGGCUGCAGGUGAGGGCGGAGCGGCGCCGGCAGCAGGAGCAGAACCUGGAGAGGAAACGGCAACAGCGGCUACGGGACAGGGAGCGCAGCCUGGCCGGGAUGGGCCGGAGCUCAGGUGACCCCAGGGGGGGCUCAGGUGACCCCAAAGGUGGCCCAGGUGACCCCAGGGGUGGCCCAGGUGACCUCAGCGGUGACAGCGGCGCCGAGGACCCCGGCGCACCUGAGCCAGGUGAGGGGGAGGAGCCAUCGGACGAGGACGAUGCCGAAUAUUACAGACAGGAGCUGGGGGAGGAGCCUGAGCCAGAUUUGUUUCCCGGCCGCUCCAAGAGGAAGCGAAGCCCCUCGGGCGCUCCCCAGGCCCGGAAACGACGGAAGAGGAACCAAAAAUCCCAACCUGGGACCCCAAAAUCCCGGCCAGGACAUCCUGGAAUUCCCAAAUCCCAACGGAGAACCCCCAAAUUCCGUCCUGGAUCCCAAAAAUCCCAACCUGGGACCCCGAAAUCCCAACCUGGGACCCCAAAACCCCGGCCAGGACAUCCUGGAAUUCCCACAUCCCAACGGAGAACCCCCAAAUUCCGUCCUGGAUCCCAAAAAUCCCAACCUGGGACCCCGAAAUCCCAACCUGGGACCCCGAAAUCCCACCCAAGACAGCCUGGAAUUCCCAAAUCCCAACGGGGAACCCCAAAAUCCCAACGGGGAACCCCAAAAUCCCAUCCUGGAUCCCCCAAAUCCCAUCCUGGAUCCCAAAAACCCCGCCCAGGACAUCCUGGAAUUCCCAAAUCCCAGCCCAGGGAACCCGGAACCCCCAAAUCCCACCCGGGACAUCCCAAAAACCCCAAAUCCCAGCGGGGGAAGCUCCUGAACCCCCGGAAAAUCCCAAAUUUCCAACGGCCCCGAAGGGCCCGGAAAGGGAAAAACUGAGGGGGAGAAAAACCGGGAAUUUGGGACCCCCUGACCCCCCUGGGAUUGGGAAUUUGGGGUCCCUCAGAAUUUUGGGAUCCCCCAGGGCAGUUUUGGGGUCUCCAGGUGAAUUUUUGGGCGGUUCCAGGUGGAUUUUUGGGGUUUUCCAGAUUUGUUUCCCGGCCGCUCCAAGAGGAAGCGAAGCCCCUCGGGCGCUCCCCAGGCCCGGAAACGACGGAAGAGGAA